UCAGUUGGAACAACAUGCAAGGAUAGCUCUAUAUGCUCAGGACAAUAGUCACUCUCUCUAUCGGUUGUGGUUGUAAGCAACUUUCAAGUGAUUUCCGAACUCGCUUCCUUCAAACAGAUUAGCCGUCCCUCUAAUUUGAUUGGCUUGGUAAAGUUUGAUCAUUGUUGAGACCACGUGGUAGUAUUCGAACUAUUAAGCAGCUGUAUGGGAAAUUGAUAUGACAGUGACCAUCCAAUCCCGGUAGGGAUACAAGCAACAUUAGCCCUUUUCGUAAUUUACUUCGAAUCUGAUCAACUAUGUAUAGACCUACUACUCAAGACAAAAUGUCCUACUUAAUUGGAUUAUUAUUUGCUCUGUUGGUAAUAAUUCCCGAAAUAUCAUCAAAUGUGUAUUCAUGUGAAGACUGUGAGAGACAAGACAAUAGAGGAAAGGAAUUCAUCUUUGGUUUUUUAGAUAUAAUCGGACCUGACAACUUUCCGAAGGUGACUCUUGUUGGUUCCUCUCGACGUACUACACGUGUGAACGUAACUGUUGGUGUAAACAUUUGGCAUGUCACACUAGAUAGCCAUCAGUAUAUGAAAGUGGUACGUAUUCCGGGUCAAACGGAAGGAAAAGCUAUUCUAAUUCAGGCGGAUUAUGAAAUUACAGUUUAUGGUAUCGAUGAAGGCAACUCGAUGGAUUCGUUUCUAGCAUUUCCAACAGAUGUACUCGGAAAGGAAUAUUUCGUUGCAUCUUACGAUAUACCGACAAGGGUUGAUAUAAAACACAGGGGAUCGCAAUUUCUUGUUAUUGGUGUUCAUAAUGAUACAAUUGUUAAUAUUCAUCUUGAAGGUCAAGUUACGUACCAAGGUCAAACACAUGGUAAAGGAGCAGUACUAGUGCGGAGAUUAUCACGAUUACAAUCAGUGUUGUUUCUGAGUGACCAAGAGGAUUUAACAGGUACCCGUAUUUGGGCCAAUAAACCAAUAGUAGUUCUUUCCGGUAGUAAAUGCGCUGAUAUACCACGAAAUGUCAGAUAUUGUGAUCACCUUGUUGAACAACUUCCACCAUUUAGUAAAUGGGGAAAAACAUUUAUCACAACUCCAUUAUUCAACAGAACCGGAGGAGACCGUUUCCGGGUGAUUGCCGGUCGAGAUAGCACAGAAGUUGUUUUGAACAAUGGAGAGAGAAAAACACUAAAUCAAGGAGAGUUUGCGGAAAUUGAUAUAAAAUCAACGAUGAGUUAUGUUAUAAACUCGUCGCAACCAAUUCUUGUUAUGCAAUACGCGAAAGGGGGACAGGCAGACAACACAAAGGCGGAUCCUUUCAUGAUGAUGGUUCCCGCCAUUGAACAUUUCACCCAUGACGUCAUGCUUGUAACCCUUGAUAACGCUGUGAACGGACAGGUGUUGAAUAAUCUUGCAAAUAUAAUUAUUGAAUGUCGCCAGACUGUAAAACUGUAUCAUAAUAUGUUUCGGUUUCCUGAAACCGAGUUCCAAAAACUGGGAAAGCUAAGGGUUAGCAUUGGUGGUACGGAGUUCUGCAUGGCUCAGAUCAGCCUUCCACACGGUGUCCAUUAUCUUGAUCAUCGCGACCAAAAUAUACCAUUUUCGGUCACCCUCUACGGAUACGGAUCGCAAGAGGCUGAAACUGCUUACGGAAUGCCUGCUGGAAUAUCAUUUGAACCAUCGUCCAGAUUUGACGACGCAACCGUGAUAGAGGUUUCAACAUCGCCAACUGUCAAGCAGCUGCUACCAAGUUUCGUAUUGCCACAUAGGCCUACAACAACUCCUGGCGUGAAGUUCGAAUAUGAGACCACAACAAAGGAGCGAUCUAUUCUUAAAUAUAUAUCAGAGGAUCCUGGUGAGCCAUUAGCCACAGUGGACAUAAAGAAUGCAGCCGAUCCGACAGUUGGACAGGUUUUCGAUUCAUAUAAUCCUAGCAGCGAUGUUGUUCUUUCGUUGAUUGUUGGAACACUUGGUUUCACAACAUUCAUGCUUCUCACAAUGUAUAUAUUAUUGCUGAAAAACCGCAUCCACAAAUUGAAAACUGAAGCUCGUUUGAAAGGCACAACGUACGGAACCAGUACCAUGGGUCCUGAUGGUUAUAUGGGUUUGGAUGGAACUCAAAUUUCACAUCGCGAAUACAUGAGCUUGAAUUUACCACAGGGUUUGUUCGUUCGCCGCAGUCAUAGCGUUCCUAUUCGGCCCGCGCUUCCGCCUCGUAUGCCAAUCACUCCUUUAACGAAGAAGAAUUUGCGCACGCACAGUGGCGCAGCUCGGUCCCCAGAGAGUUCGACAGAAAUAGAAUUGAAUGUACUAGACGUAUCUAGUGUUUCAACAGAUCUUUCGCAUGAAUAUAAAACACCAAAGACACUAAAUCUCUAUAAAAUGCUUUGCAAUACGCCAAAACGAUGGCAGUGUAGUCUGCGCAAAUAUGGCAGGUCAAUGAGUGAAAGCAGCGCAGUGACGACGAGUACGGAUGAUAUUUAUAUGGACAUGGGUCGGACACCCAUUCAUUUGCCACAUAAAUCCCCUCGACAUAAGUACCGUCAAGAUAGCGGGUUUGUGGAAAGUGUAAGCGAAGAAUUCUUCCCUGUUGUAUCGGAGGAAUAUUCUAUUAUACCAAACGCUGCUCCCGUCAGCGUAUCGGCCCAUAUUGGGCCAAGUACUAGAGACCCUGUAGUGGCAUCUAUUGGUAAACGUAAACGCCAAAAUGUUUCAACAGUUUUUAACAUUCCAGGACCUGUAUUAUGUCCAUCUUUAACAGCAGACACAUAUUAUGACGUCGAUGCUCAAGAAUAUACAGAACUAAACUGAGGACAUUUAUCUAUUUUUAAAAUUAUGUGAAUAGGUCUAGGAGGCAUAUUUAUAUUUCUAAAAUCGUGGUUGAACUUAAAGAAACUUUACUAUACGGCCCGAGAGGAUAUCAAUCAUUAUGCUAAAGCAGGGUAAACACUGCGUUGACGAAGCCUACGUCUGUUGGCCGACGAAUUCGCCUCAGCUCCCGGCCCUGUUACCGGUUGACGACGUAACGCCGUCUGCGGAUUGUUGGUGACAGACUGAGCUGAUCGUCAUUAAAACAAUCCGUUGGGUGCAGCUCGUGCGUUUCGUGCUCCAUGAAAUCAAAUCGGUCGAUACGUAAUGGGCAUCCGGCAUAAGACUCAGAUUGUCAUUUUACAGAUAGAUAUUUAAUGUUUACGGUAACUAAUUUGUAUUAAGGUCUCCCUCCAAUUAAAGACCCUCGAAUUAAAGACCACCUCCAAUUAAAGACCAUAUUUCUAUGGCUCCAUUUGUGUUAAAUAUGACUUACACACAUAAAUAUUGUAAGCCAAUGCACUGUUUUGUGUAUAUUGAAUAAUGAUAAUGUUAAUAACAUAUUAAUAUUUUAAUGGAAAGACCGCAUUUAGUGCCCAGGAUUCUCAGGUUUCCUGCAGAGUCCCGGAAUGGAGUUUCUUGGAUAUUGGUGGGAGCAAGCAGGAAUCUCUUGAACCAUCUCCCGCAAAUUCAUAAUAUUUGCAUGUUUUUACACGUUUUUAACACUGUAUUAUCAAUUAUCUCCCAGACGUCAGUGCCAAUCAUAAUGGUUAUCGUUACCAUGCACAGCAAAAUAUAUUUAUAUGUGUUAAUGAAACUCAUUUAAACAGAUCUCCCAGAUGUGGAUUCUUCCAACUUGGGAUCCCUGCUGAGUGCCGGUUUCUACACCCAUUCUUAAAAUACUUGAAAUAAAACAAUCUUACAUUUACUAUAUCAUUUAUUAAUUUAAGUCUAAACAGAUAUUUAAAGACCACUUUUAGUGCUGAAGACCAGAAGCUGCCCAAAACUUCAUUUUGGGCAGUUAAAUAUGACUAGAAUGAGUUCCAGUAAAAGUACAUACAGAGUUAUUGUAGACGCUAGGAGAUGCAGCAGUACAACUUUAGACCAUCUUUAAAGAGGGUCAGGCGAGAAACACUUGAUCUGCACAGAUACUUACCAAAGAGGUAAAUGGGUACCUUGUAGGAUAGUCGCGCAAAUAAUUAAAGCACGACUAAAAUAUUCCUCAAAGGAGUCGAAAGGUUUGCACGUCUAAAUACAGUGACGUGGGAACUUUCCGAAUGUUUUGUUAUCUGUAGCAAAUGACCCAUAAGUUUCCAGGCCUACUUAGAUGAUUGAGAUGUAUGUGUUAUCAGUACUUAAACAUAGAGCACUUUUGUAACUUUAAAUAUCUGAUGGGUCAAUAUGAUAUAGGCCUAAUUAUUUUAAAAAUUAUUAUCUACUUUUUACAUCUGUACCAUAGAAUAUUGUACAUUCGUUAUUAACAAUUGUUAUACUAUAUAUAGUAUAUUGUACAUUGUUUUAAUUAAUGGCAUACGAAAUUAGUUUUUGCCAAUUCAAACAUUUUUUGUUUGGUUUCUUUUUAAAGUGUAUAUAAUAUAACCGAUAUUUGCCUUCUUAACGUUAGGGUUGAAUAGACCCUCACUAUUAGGCCUAUUACUAAAAUGCUAUGUCAACGAACCCGUUGUAUCACACAUGCUCUUUGUGUACUGCCUUUCUUGUUUAAUUUUCCACUCUCCAGACUUCACACUUCACAAAGUCUUGGUUAUAGAGCGUUGAAAAUCCAAAAUUACAACUCUCCCAGUCCCCAAGAGUCUUGGCUAUGGAGCGUCGACAGUCCCAAAUUAUCAGCUCUCCAGUCCCAAAUCCUCAUAGUCUUGGUUAUGGAGCGUCGAAGGUCUCAAAUGUUGCUUACUUGAUAGAUUACUCUCUUUAUGUAGGCCUAUGUUAAAAAUAAUGAACAGUUAUAAAUACAAUAUGAGACAAUAAAUAUUUAAGAAUUACUACCUAAA